AUGGCUAAACCUCGGCGAGUGCCCGGGAUAUUGGCCCUCGUUGCUCUUGGUACCGUGGCGUGCAUUGUAAUAAAGACCUAUACGUGGUAUCCAAAUCUUGUGUCCCUGAGCCCCUCAAAGAGGCCAACCAAGGAAAAAACAAACGUGCUGAUUCUAGCGCAAGGAAGAUCGGGUUCGUCAUUUUUGGGACAGAUUUUCAACAGCCACCAAGAAGUGUUUUACAUUUACGAGCCUCUGAUAACGUUUCAGCUCACCACAGUUCGCGAUUCAAAACUGUACGAGCAGUCCACAGUGAGACUUUUGCGCGACAUCUUCAGUUGCAGAUUUGAUCAGCAAAGGGAGUUUUUAUCGUUCAUGUCGAAAAUGCCUUUAAAUCGGUUUUCCAGCCGCGCUUUGACCUCGCCUUACUGCAAGAACUUGACAAACGCGCGAGAAAACCGCACCUACAUGCACUGCCAAGAUUUGGAUCCUCUCAUAACAUCUCUUUCAUGUGCGGUUCACAAACACAUUGUAGUUAAAGUUCUGCUGCAUCGUCUUCUACCCCUUCUCGAUGUGGAUAAACUUGCACCUCUGUUUAAUUCAAGCAGUAAACUGAAAAUUAUUCACUUAAUGCGCGAUCCGAGAGCUGUGAUCGCAUCGAUGGAUCGCGUGGGUUGGACUUUAAACAACAAUGUAGUUAAUACAGUCACAAAAGACUUCUCACUGUUUAAAGCUUUAACGCGCAAGUUUUGUUAUGACAUGGUACGUUCGUUAAGCUUUGCGCUAUCGGCGGAAGCUAAAUUCCCACACAAUUACAAGCUGAUCCGCUACGAGGACUUGGUACGAUCGCCGUUCAAUCUUUCAAAGGAAUUGUUUGACUUCGCUGGUUUUCCGAUCUCCGAUCAUGUCUACGAAUUUUUGGCGAACAGUACGAACUCGCACGACCGUAGGAACGUGCACGAAUAUGCUACUUUUAGGAGCAAUGCGUCCUUGCUAAUAGACUCCUGGAGAAGACAACUCGGCUUAGACGCUGUGCACACCAUAGAAAACUACUGCUGGCCAGUACUGGAAAUAUUAAGAUACACACCAAUGUCAGGCCAAAGUUAA